AUGGGGUUCUUCCUUCUGUCACAGCGUCCACCAUUCAUUACACUGACGAUGGUUGGCCAGGAUAUCACGGAGGCCAAGGGAUUCUGCAUGGAGAUGCUCCAGGAGAUGGCUAAGAGGUUCAACUUCACGUACAAGAUGGUAGUGUCUUACGACGGAAAAUGGGGAGUAGCAAUGCCAAACGGAACAUACGAUGGCUUGGUGGGCAUGGUGCAACGCAAGAUGGUGGACUUCGCCGUCAAUGGCUUCACCAUCACCCAGGCCAGGGAGACUGUGAUAGACUUCACUCACGAGUUCUACGAGGAGCCUUCCACCAUUCUUCUGCCUUUCAAGGAACACGACAACUUCCUCGCCUUCCUGGAGCCCUUCUCCUGGCAGGUGUGGAUUGGGAUCGUGGGUAGUAUCCUGCUGGUGGGUCCGUGCCUGUGGAUGCUGGCUAACGUAGGAAAGCUGCCUGUGCUGUACCCGCACUCCAUGAACGGGCCUCCGUACCCGAUCCAUAAAUACGUGUGGGAGUGUGCCACCAGCCUCGUAAUGCAGAACGGCCGCAUGCGGCAGACAGCGGUGCGGCUGCUGUAUGGAGUAUGGUGCAUCUUCUCGGUCGUCGUCAUCUACGCCUACACCAGCACGCUGAUCGCCUUCCUAACAGCUCGUAAGAUCAACCUUAUCAACUCUCUGGAAGAACUGGCUAACCAGGACAAGGUACUCUGGAGUUACCGGAUCAGUACACCACACGACGCCCUCUUCUCGAGUGCCGAGCCUCCAAGUACUUACUACAAGAUUGGUCGUUUGUUGAAGAAACGACCUGACCUUUUGGUGCAGACUGACCGCCAGGGACUCGAAGCCGUGCUGACAAAACACAUUGCCUUUAUUAAGGAAAAAUCUUGGCUUGACUUCGCUAUGGAGGAGGAUUACCAGGCCACCAAGCAGUGUCGUCUGGCACAAGUCAAUCAGUACUUCUUCAGCAGCGGCUUCGGCUGGAUACUUCAGCAAUCAACAUACCUCCAGCUCUUCAAUGCCGAGAUUCUCAAAAUGGCACAGUCCGGACUGUUCAACAAGUGGAGGCAGCAAUACUGGCCCAGAGCCAACAAGUGUACAGCAGGGAGGGUGUCUGGUCCCUGGGCUCCCAAGCCUCUUCAGCUGAAGAACUUCGUUGGUCACUUCUUUAUCCUGGGUGUGGGUGCCUGCCUGGCUCUCCUGAUCCACCUCGCUGACACUGUAGUCUGGGGAAGGUUCUGGAUCAUCUCUGACCACCACCCUGACCACCACCCUGACCACCGCCCUGACCACCACGCUGACCACCACUCAGACCACCACGCUGACCACCACGCUGGCCACCGCACUGACACCGCUUCCUGA